AUGGCAGUGAUGCGGGCUGCAUCGACGAAAUUAUCUGCUACCAUGAUAGGGUGGCUCCUUCUGUCUGUCUUGCCAUGCUUGUCCGCCAAAGCUCUGUUUCCCUGCGUUGGCUGCGUAUCAGAACAUUUCUUGCAAUCUGAAACAUAUGGGAUUGAUCUUGCCUCUGACCACAUAGCUGUUGCAGUCCAACAUGUAAAUGGGACUCUUGAGCCGAUUGCUUUGACUACCCCUGGUCCUCGUUAUCGGUCAUUGAUGAACAAGAUAUUGAUGGAAUCAGAUAUGCACCCUUACGGUUAUGGGAAUGAAACACCAAAGCCCUUUAAAAGUUGCACUAGGGAUCCAGGGGACAAUGCCGACAUCGACAUACUGGCGGAGGAAAUCACUAAGAUCGCAACUGUAAUGCAGGGCCAGAACAGGAACAUCGUACAUUAUGUCGUAUCGACACCAAUAUCUUUCACCCACGAGAAAUAUGCACGACUUCGUCUGGCAUUCAAGGAAUCUAAUCUUCCCCAACCAACCUUCGCUGAGCCUGCUGAUUUCGCCGCUUUCACUGCGCUAAACACAACCAUUUGUGAUCGCCAUUUUGAAUUAUUUUGCGCGCCUAUUGACUACAACUCGAGGACUAUCAUGUUCUUCCAGUACGAUAACUCUACAAUGAGCGUCUUGUUGUAUCAUUUUUGGGGCGGUUGGUACUUCGAUCGUGUAGCUUACUUCUCGGACGGCCGAUUAGGACAUCAGAAUCAUGGCGACGAAGGACACUGGCUUGCUAUUUCUGAGAGGAUCACAACCCUAAUCGAAGGCAACAAAGACAAAAUCUCGUACGGGUAG